AUGUCUUUUUCAGUAGUAGCAGCUUUGGUGGUGGUUGUAACAGUUGCGUCGCUGUGGACAUGGCGGAUCGUGAAAUGGGUCUGGAUGAAACCAAAGAUGCUUGAAAGUUACCUGAGAAGACAGGGUCUCGCCGGAACUCCUUACACGCCUCUCGUCGGAGAUAUUAAGAGGAAUGUUAGUAUGAUGAUGGAGGCGAGAUCUAAACCCAUCAAUCUAACGGAUGAUAUCACACCACGUCUCCUUCCUCUCGCCUUGAACAUGUUCAAUUCUCACGGAAAGACUUUCUACAUAUGGAUUGGACCAACUCCAGCGAUCAUGAUAACGAAACCAGAGCAGAUCAAGGAAGUCUUUAACAAAGUUUACGACUUUGAGAAAGCUGCUACAUUCCCUUUGUUCAGAUUGUUAGCAGGAGGGCUCGCAAGCUAUAAAGGAGACAAAUGGGCAAAUCACAGAAGGAUCAUCAAUCCUGCUUUUCACCUCGAAAAGAUAAAGAACAUGGUCCCUGCGUUCUACCACUGUUGCAGCGGGGUUGUAUGCCAAUGGGAGAGGCUGUUUACUGAUAAAAAAUCGUCUCUUGAAGUGGAUGUUUGGCCUUGGCUUGUGAAUAUGACCGCGGAUGUGAUCUCGCAUACUGCUUUUGGAAGCAGCUAUAAAGAAGGGCAGAGGAUCUUUCAGCUCCAAGGGGAGUUAGCUGAGCUCAUUGCACAAGCUUUUAAGAAAUCGUACAUCCCUGGUUACAGGUUUUACCCAACAAAGAGCAAUAGAAGGAUGAAAGCUAUAGACAGAGAGAUUGAUGUAAUACUGAGAGGUAUUGUGAGCAAACGGGAGAGAGCGAGAGAAGCUGGAGAAGCAGCAAAUGAUGAUCUGCUGGGGAUAUUGCUGCAGUCGAAUUCAGAGGAGUCUCAAGGGAAUGGAAUCAGCGUUGAAGAAGUGAUGAAAGAGUGCAAGCUGUUUUAUUUCGCAGGGCAAGAGACAACUUCAGUGCUUUUGGUGUGGACGAUGGUUUUGUUAAGCCAUCACCAAGACUGGCAAGCUCGUGCGCGAGAGGAAGUGAGGCAAAUACUCGGUGAUGAUGAUGAAACUAAACCUGAUAUAGAGUCUCUUAGCAACCUCAAAGUCAUGACUAUGAUAUUCUAUGAGGUUUUGAGGCUAUACCCUCCAGUGGCUCAGCUUAAAAGAGCUGUCAACAAGGAGAUGAAGCUUGGAGAGCUUACACUUCCAGCUGGAGUUCACGUUUAUAUACCAACCGCUCUUGUCCAUCGCGACCCUGACCUUUGGGGUGAUGAUGCAGCGGAGUUUAAGCCUGAGAGGUUCAGAGACGGGCUCUCAAAGGCAACAAAGAACCAGGUCUCCUUCUUCCCCUUCGGAUGGGGACCAAGGAUCUGCAUUGGUCAGAGUUUUGCUAUGUUGGAGGCAAAGAUGGCAAUGGCAUUGAUUCUACAGAGAUUCUCCUUCGAGCUCUCUCCUUCUUAUGUCCACGCUCCUCAAACAGUCAUGACCACUCGUCCUCAGUUCGGAGCUCAUCUCCUACUGCACAAGCUCUGA